UAUGAAGAAAGUUUGACAGUAGGAAACCCAACAUUGACAAACAAUAAUCAGCUGUGUUAGUAACUUCACCUUAAAUGAAUACACCUUGCACUGUAUAGAAAAACGAAUUAUUAAAUGAAGAGAAAACGAAAGAACAAUUUCCAUUAUUUACAAAAGAAAAUAACAGCAACAGGAUUUUUUUUAAAUAAAUAAUCAAUGAAAAUUCAGAUAAACAAAAUGAAAAAGUGAAACAUUUAUCGCAAGUACAAAAGAAAAGAAGAACUAUUGUUUUUUCACCCAAAUACUCAUCAGUCAGUAGAGGCUCCUGCCACCGUAAAAGUAGCGGUAUAGAAAUAGAAAAAACAGCCUUUUGCAAAAAGGAAAUAUUACUAAAUUGCAAAAAAAAAAAAUACUCGCAUUAAGGAAAUUACAGUACAAUGAGGUUUGUUCGAGAUCCUUGUGGUGUGGCCUGUCUGGUAAUCACAUACAUGAUGGUCAUUUAUGCUGAUUAUGUGGUAAUGAGAUGGAUUAUUUUGCAAACAAUGCAAGACAGUAUUUGGGCUCCCUUACAUGUAGUUCUCUUCAAUACUGUCGUUUUCCUAUUGGGAUUGUCUCAUCUCAAGGCUGUUUUAUCUGAUCCGGGCACUGUGCCCUUGCCAGCAAAUCGGUUAGAUUUUUCAGAUUUGCAUACGGUGGGUAAAAAUAAUGGUACUGGAAAUGGGCACAACGAAUGGACGGUGUGUACACGCUGUGAAACGUAUAGACCACCACGCGCCCAUCACUGUCGCAUUUGUAAGCGAUGCAUUAGACGAAUGGACCAUCAUUGUCCCUGGAUUAACAAUUGUGUGGGCGAACGCAAUCAAAAGUUUUUCUUGCAGUUUUUGGUGUAUGUUGGCAUGCUGGCUCUCUAUUCCAUUGCUUUGGUUGUCGGUUCUUGGGUGUAUCCCUGUGAGGAUUGCGGUUCAGAUACGUUGGAAUCACAGACCAGAUUAUUACACAGUGUUAUAUUGCUGCUGGAAUCGGCUCUGUUUGGUUUGUUCGUUUUGGCGAUAAUGGUGGAUCAAAUGCAUGCCAUAUUACACGAUGAAACCGCCGUGGAACAGGCUCAACAAAAGGGAGCAUACCGCCCAAAUAGACGUAAAUUUUAUUUAUUGGCUGAUGUCUUUGGUAGAGGUCACCCCGCUUGUUGGCUGUUGCCGUGUACCAGUUUUUCAUCCUCCUCCUCGACACUGCGUUACUAUGACACGCCUCUACUUAGUCAUGAUGUUUAAAUAAAAUUUAAAUAUACAAAACAGAUUAAUUUAAGAUCUAUUUUAUAUUUAAUAAUUAGCAUUUUCUCAAAAAAAAAAAAAAUUGUUUUAAUUUUUUUUUAAAGAAUUUCUGUCACAGCAGGAAAUUGGACAAUGUG